AUGGAUGGCACAGACUCAUGGGGUCAGUUUCGUCCUGUUUUUAGUAAGCUCACUGUAGACUACUAUGUAAGCCAAUCUACCACAAUACACUCUACACGGUACAACCUGAUACCCCAUAAAUACCACUUUAACCACUCCGCACUUGUUACUCACUCACAAUUCCUACUAAAAGCCUCAUCAUCCUCCGUCUCUCCCAAGGCCAUCACACUCCAAAACCCCAACUCUGCUCGACCUUCGCACACGCAAAUACCAUCAUACAGUACUAGCACCAGCUUCACUUUUUACUGCCCAGCGGCUCGGAAAUGCAUCUUCUAUCUACAUAACCUAGGGAACGGGACCCGGCUAGCCCACCACCAGGCGAUCUUGUAUUAA